AUGAGUUGCUUAUCUUAUGCCCAGGCUACUCAUGGCGCUUCAACCAUUGAUGUGUACCCAACUCGAAAAUUCCAACCAUUGGUGGAGAGGGACUUGCACGCUGCCGAGGAGACCAAUCUCUGUUAUGAAACGGAUUUUGAAGGCAGGACUAGAUAUGAGCGUCACCAAGCCCUACGUUUGAUCUACGGUUGUGUGGCGUGUCUACGGAGCACUCCCUUCCAACAAGAGAGCGAUAUCCGACGGCGAUUGAUUCGAGGGCUUCAAUAUCUUGCGUGUGGCGUGGAGUUGGAUGGAUCAAUUUAUGGCCUCCGUUCAAUCUUCUUUCUCGAAGAAGAGGGAUUGCUAGAUGAUUUUAUGGACGCGAGACUAAGACCGAGCAUAACCAAAACAGCGCCAUUGUUCAAGCCAGAAAGCAAUCAACUGAUUGUUAGACUAACCAUGGAACAGAAUAUCUGGCUAAAGAAACUUCAAGUGGGAUGCAAACUAUAUGGCCGAGAAGAUGCUGCCGAUUGUGAAGUUAUUCUAGCGCUACGACGAUUGCAUCCAUUUUUGCAAUACUUUUCCUCUCUGACAUAUGACUUCAAACUUUGA